AUGACAUCUCUACCAGCUCUGGUCCCAUUCCCAGAGACGGCCUGGAGAGAUCAUCUCGUCCCGGAAGAAUGGGAGGCCUGUCUCGAUGCUUGGAUUGCGCUUACUGGAGCGCAUCUCUCUUUACCCCCUGCGGACUUUUCUCGACUGGCAAAGACAGAUGAAUCCUUGCCAAUAUUCCUCAAGACAUAUGCUACGGAAUCUGCAUUAUCGCCCUCCUCCGUACCGCUCUCGAAGACAAACCAGCUCCGCAAGCUUUGCUACCUCCUUUCAAGGAGAGCUUUGGAUCUUGAGUAUCCUCCGGAAUCCAUUCUCCACUGGGAGUUUCUCUCGGACCUCAGCAAAAUCUACGGUCUCAAGAAUGGCGGCAAGCUCGUGUCUCUGGCAUGGAAGCGGCAUUUGGCUUCACUGGAAAAGUCCCUGGCCUCGCUCAAAGCUUCUCUAAUCAAGGAACUAGAAGGUGGACUGAAGGGGAAUUUGAAGAUGGCCGAGUUGAGUCUCAAUCGACUGAACCAUCUUCUCCAUGCGUCUCCUGAAGCUGCCUCGUUCUUCAUGGCUGGUAGUGAUUUUGUGGAUUCUCUCAUCAGCUGCUACAAGAUCAUGAAUCCUCCUCUACGGAAAGCCAUCGUCUCAACUUUAUAUCUUUGUUUGAUAGGACUUACGGAAGGCGAGAAGCCAAAAUUCUCGUCCCUGGUCGACCAGCUUUACUCUCUAAAAGCUGCUGCAGAUACGCACAAGGCUGGACCGACAAACGUUAACGAUUCACUGAUUGCUGAGCUGGUAACUGACACUCCUGUUUUGAAUCAAGUCCAGCAACGAAUUGAUGCAAGUGGGUCCGGCUCCGUCAGAGCCAAAUCGGUUCUUAAAUCUCUUGCGGAGUUCAAGAAGCCUACCACGGGUCGUCCAGUGCGACUUAACAGGAGCAAGGGCAACAAGGGGAAGGGUAUUUCCAUUGAAGAUAUCAAUGGUCAUGGACAGAUUCACGUCCACAGAAUGAGCUUAAUUUCCCAAGUCCAGGACUUGUUUCCGGAUCUUGGAUCUGGGUUCGUCGUUAAGCUUCUCGAUGAGUACAAUGAUAAUGCGGAGCAAGUAAUUGCUCAUCUCUUGGAAGGUUCUUUGCCACCGCACCUCGAAAGUGCAGACCGAUCAGAAGAGCUUGAUACAAACUAUCAGCAUAUUCCUGAUAUGGCGCCUAGCUCUACACCUCCUCUAAUGCCUACUCGCCGUAAUGUCUUUGAUGACGAUGAAUUCGAUAAGCUGGCCGUCGAUGCUUCAAGAUUGCACUUCGGACACCGAAAUCCGAAUCAGAAUGCAGAUGAUGUCCUUCAGGACCGAGCUAAUGCUCCUAGCAAAGCAGCGAUCCUUUCAGCAUUGGCUGCCUUCGACUCAGACGACGAUGAAAGAGACGACACCUACGAUGUCGAAGACGUCGGAGGAACAGUUGACUUCGCAGCCCCUGGGAAUAACCCAGAGGAGAACAUCUCAGACGUUCGAGAUGCACAUGAUGAAGCUCUGUUCAAGGCUUACAAGGCUACCCCUGAUGUCUUUGGCCGUGAUGCUGCAACUCGUAGAGGAAAGCCCAGAGAGAUGCUCAAAAAUGAGACUGGAAUGACUGACGAAGCAAUUGAAGGGUGGGGUCUUAUGCUGUCUCGCGACCAGAAACAGAUGCGGAAACUGGAGGCAAAGUUCUCCAACUUUACAGGAGCUCAGAGAGAUUUGGGCCCUACCGCCUGGAGAGCGAAUGGAUCCGGCACCGAAGACUCUGAUAAUGCAAACGACCGAGGAAGGGGAGGUAGAUUGCGGGGCGUUCCUCGUGGUGGAGGCAGAGGUCGGGGACGAGGCAACGUCGCCGGACCAACUGGUGAUAAGGAAACCGAGGCUGCUCGCAAUCGAAAGGAAGCCAACAAGGGCUCGAGGGCGAAUCAUAAUAGGAGAGAUCAGAGGGCACGUAAGAUGGCUCGAGGAGGCUUUCCUGGUUGA